AUGGGAUCAUCUGAGGGGUUAACAGGAGCAGAAAAAGCAAUUCAAAUAGCAUCAAAAGAUGGAUCAUGGGUUGUAUUGCAAAAUUUGCACUUAUCGCCCGAUUGGAUUGAGGGCUUAGAAAAACUCAUUGAGAGCCUUCAAGCUCACCACUCCUUCCGUCUAUUUUUUACGAUCUCUUUAGCUGCUUCAGUUCCCGUUACGUUACUAAGGACUUCGAGAAUUUUGACCUUCGAGAGAGCUGCAGGUAUUCAGUCGAGUAUGCGGCAGUCACUGGAAGGAGUAUCCGCUUUUGAUAUGUCGAAAUUACCUGUCGAGAGAGCUCGACUCUACUACUUACUCUCUUGGGUUCACAGUAUUAUAGUGGAGCGUUUAAACUUUGUACCCUUGGGAUGGUCUAAGACCUACGCAUUUAAUGCCUCUGAUUUUGAAAGCGGGUUAUUUGUCAUUGAUAAAUGGAUAGACGACGAAUCAAAGAACCGCACCAACAUCUCGCCGAGCGCCAUUCCUUGGAAGGCACUAAGGACCCUUAUUAUAAAUACAGUCUAUGGAGGUAAAAUCGACAUUAGCGAUGAUGAAAUCAAGACACAUCCUAUAGUCAACCGAGCUUUUAGUAAAGACGCAUAUUCGCUUGGAUAUGAACUUGUGGAAGGCGAAUCUCUAUCGGUUGUACCAGAAGAAAAUGAUCGUGAAUCUAUUUUUAAAUGGAUAGACAGACUUCCUGAGAGGGAGAGUCCUAGAUGGCUUGGUUUGGAAGAGGAUGCUGAAGAGUCGAUGAUGAAGAUAUUAAGUAAGUAA